AUGGGAAUCGAAGCCGGGGAGUCCUCUGGUGCUGGAUGUCUCGAGACGAGCAGUCGUAGAGAAGAUGUCGGUCUAGCUACCACCCCAACCAGUACCUCCAACUAUCUACGCCAGCGGUACCUGUUCAAGUUGCACUUCGAUUGGAUCACAUAUAAACAAGAGGAUCAGAAUACAACUGCUAAAUUGAAUACUUUGAUGUUCAAUUCAAUGAAGGCGAUACCUGUUCAAGGUCGUAUCUAUCAAGAGAAAGAAUCACCACAAUUUAUCGCUAUUUUCCAACCGAUGGUUCUUUUCAAGUCUCUUGCACUACUGAACCAUAGAGAUUCUUCAAUUGCAGAUGUAAAAGAUAGUAAGGUAAGUGUUGAUGGUUUGUGUAUGAAGAAUCAAGCAUCUACCAAAAGUAUCUUGAAAAAAUUCAAUGAUUUUGAUCCCAAUAAUGAGAUACUUAUGAGUUUAAUGAAAGAAAUUAGAGCUGAAAUGAUGGCUUCAAAGUUGAGUGCUUCUGAGUCUGUGACUUCAAUUAGAGCUGAAAGACUCACACUGCACAGUGAAGAAGUAGGUGCAGCUGUUGCAGCAUGGCCAGUUGGACUUUAUGGGCUUCUACUAGAUUGGAUUCAGCACAAGUUUCACCAGAAUAACAAUGAGCACCUAAUACAGGAAUUUGCUCCAAUACUCUUCCAUGGAUUCCUGGCAAUUGGGACUCUUGCUAUUACUGAACCAGAAACACCAACAUUUGCCACCUCUGUUGAGAAUAUUACAUGGAAAGAAACUGAAGCAACUGAGAAUGAACUGAACCUUAUCAAUGGUGAGUUAGAAAAGGUGCUAAGAACCGAAGGAAAGGAAGAAGAAGAAAAUGAAGAUGGAACAGUUGUUUGUCCACUACAGACAUAUCUGUUAAGUUCGGUAAUUGGAUUGCCUGGAACAACGGGAAAGAAAGAACAUCGAGCAUCACUUGGAGAGCUCUUUUAG